AUGUCUAACGCCCUUUUUUAUCUUCGCCACCUGCUGCUGCACAAGCAGGAAGGGUGCAUCAAUGACACCUCCGUGCCGCCCAUGAGACAGUGCUGGCCCCAGAAAACAAGGAUUGUAGACCUUGCUGCCGAGGGCGCCGACUACGACAUUACAAGGGACAUGAACACUCCCAACGGGUUGAUGUUCCAUCUGAUGAAUCUUACUCUUUUCUGUGAUGCGGUGGUGGACCCCAAAUGUCUGAAGGAAGGAGAGCCCCUCGUUUGCUACUUGGAAGCGCGGAAAAAAUAUUUGGCACUCCGUGGGGGCUCCCAGCAGCAGCAGCAGCAGCAGCAGCACGGAGAUGGGGACCUGACGGGCACGUUGCUACUUGUGGUUGCGGGGCUGCUGGCAGUAGCAGGGUGGCGACGGUGCAGACAGCAACGACGGGGCAAAGUAUAUGAAGACAGCGAUGGUGAGGGCGCUCGUUGCGGCGCAAUCCCUUGCCGUGGUGAUGAUGACACGAAGGAUGUGGAGCCCCGGAAGGCAGCAGCUCCGGUCAUAAAAAGGGAUGAACAGACUGGUGUCACCUUCGGCGAGGACCACGAACUGCACGCUGUUCGGCAUCAGCAGAAGCUAUCAGCCCCAGCUGCCGCUGGCCUUAAAGCUGGGAAGGGCGCCGAUCUCCCAGCUCGAGAAAAGUCUUUGGACGGCGGCGGCACCCCCAAAGAUGCCCCUGGCAAGAAGGAGCCCUCGCAGCUCCUGGCGGCGAUGACAGAUGACGAAGCAACGGAGGAGUUGAUGAAGAUCAAAGCGCCCAAGAGCGGUGAUGCUGUCGUCGACGGCAGUAGCGGCACGGAGCCCCCAACUGUGGAGCUACUGCCGGUUGUACUCGGCAAAGGCGGUUUCGGUCGUGUGGUGGAGGGGCUGUACAGCGGUCGCCGCGUGGCGGUCAAACUUCUCGCCAGUGAUCUGCUGGCGGCGUGUGUGACCCCUCCCCGACUUUGCCUGGUGAUGGAGCUUAUGGAGGCUUCCCUGGAGCGCCUGAUGUACGGCAGUACGGCAGAAACCCUCAUGCCGCUGGCAAAGGUGCUACACAUCAGUAUCAAUGUAGCCAAUGCGCUUGCUUAUUUGCACCCCACCGUCGUGCACCGAGACUUGAAGAUGGCGUACAUGCGGCGGUGUGAACGGGUAAUUGUCGGUCUGUAUGCAUGUGAGCGACCCGCCAAUGUGCUCAUGAACAACCCAGCAUGUGACCGGCCUGUCGUCAAACUCUCGGGGCACCCUAAUCCGUCACCCCAUCCGACUUCAGAAUGUAUUCGUUGGGUUCGGCAACUCUCCACCAGCAUCCAACCAAAUCUAGCGGAUCAAAGGCGCAUCAAUUUCUGGACUUUGGGUUGUCGCGGCUUCGAGUUACGGUUAAAUCCACCAAAGCACCUGAUGCUGGCACGGGACCGGUCUAAAGACCGUAAAAUGUUACAGCCCCCGUACAUGCCGCCGGAGUGCUUCGACAUCUUGAGCAAGCACGUUACCCAUCAAGUGGUAGGGCUGGGUGUGUGUCUGUGCGUAACAAACGGGCUUUCUGAGUAUGUACUUAGCAUUAUCCCAGGAUUAAUGAGGUGUGUGAGAACGUGUGGGAACGUGACGAUGUGUAAGGAGGGUGUGAGGAAGGACAUCUACUCUCUGGGUGUGCUGAUCUGGGAGAUGCUGGCCGGCAAGCGGCCGUGGGAGGGAGUGGGCAAUGUGGCCAUCGCGUUCAUGGUGACGUACAAAGGCUUGAGGUUGUCGCUGGACGACCUGCCCUCAAGCCGCUGUCCUGCCAAGCUCUGCCGGCUGCUGAAGGCCUGCUGGGAGUCCGACCCCGCCAGACGACCUGCGGCGGCGGAGGUGGCCAAGGAGCUGACCCUGGUGCUGGAGGACGCCCGGGGGCAGCUGGUGCAGCUCCGUCUUCGCCAUCUUCAGUACCAUAAGGCCCAACUUCAGUCCCUCCUGCCCCAGCUGGAAUCCGCCUUCAACGACUUGCGAGCCAAACAGCACCAAGUUGAGGAGCUUAGUCAGACACUGAGGGUGCUGAGCGAAACAAUGGUUCCAGAGCUGGACGAGCUCCAGGACCAGAUCCGGAACUGUACGGCGGAGCUGGAGCGAGUUGUGCAGCGUAAGAGGUUCCAGGCGGCGCAACGACAGCAGCAGCAGCGGCGGCAUGGCCAAUCUGUAGGGGGAAUGGGAGGAGCGGAAGGGAGGACGGCAUUGUCGGGUCGGCGGGGUUUGGCUGUGAGGUUUGGGCGGGCGGGUGGGGGUGGCGGUGGCGGAGCACCUAACCGUACCCGGACGGGAACGACCGCCGAAGCAUUGGAGGGGUCCCAUUUCGGUCCCGCCGGGGCUUCGCGCGCCGAGUCGCCGCAGCCAAUACAUGCAUAUAAUCAUUACGCAGCUGUAGGUAGGCGCGGCUCAUGGGGGAAAGCAGGGGCUGGCGAGAAAUCGGGGAUACGGACACGCAGCCGGCAGGAGGCUAGGCGGGUCAGGAACACGCGUGUCAGCGUGUCAGAUAAAGAUAAAGGAUUCAAAAUCAGUUCGGACCUUCAUGAUGGUAGGUAG